AGAAACGAGCAUUAGAAGUACGAUUAGCAUCAGCUAAACAGCUAUUACGUUCGCAAGAAGAAGCAUUGAAGCAACGAGAUGAAGAACGACGUCAAUUGAAAGCUAAAAUGGUAGCAGCAGAUUUGGAAGCCCGUGGAAAAGAUGCGCAACUACGACAUCUCAAUGAGCAACUGAAAAAUCUACGUAAUGAUCUGGACACUGCACAAGCUGAUCUGCGAACACUGCGUGAACGUGAAGAACAAUGGGAUGCUAAUCGUUUCCAAUUCGAGAGUAAACUUCGAGAUAAGGAAAGCGAAACACAAAGGCUUAAUCUAUUGCAAGCAAAUCUCGAAAGUGAAAAACAGUCCUUGAACGAGCGGAUAAAAGAACUAUCCGGACAGUUGCAAUUAAGCGAAAUAAAAUGCACCGAUAUGAAGGAAGACGUGGAAAGACUGAAAAGAGAACUUUCAAAAGCUGAAAGCGUCGAGAUAGAACUCCGAAAAACUUCGGAUUAUCAAUCAAGAACCAUUAAUGAAUAUCAAAUUCUUAGAGACCAAAUAAUCAGUGCACAAAAUGAUCUAACAAAUGCCACUAAUCAAAAGCAGCAACUUGAGCAUGAACUAACAAACGCACGAGGCGAACUUCGUGAUUUUAAGCAACGUGUACGUGAUCUAAGCGGUAGAGCAUCAGAUUUGCAACGUCAAUUACAAGAUGCUCACGCAGAGAAAAAUCGUCUCGAAGAAAGAUUGUUAGCUCUUGAAAAGGUAACAUCAUCACAAAGAGCAACAGAAGAUGAUCUUAGACAGCAAGUUGAAACUUGUAAGAAUGAACGAAGAAUGUUACAACGUGAACUUGAUGAAAUACAGCGACGAUUAGCUCAAUUAGAAAGUGAAAAAAGAACUAUAGUGGGCCAACUUGAGAGUAACAAACGUGAUCGAGCGACAUUCAUCAAGAAAAUAGAAAUGUUGGAAAAUGAAAAACGACGCACCGAUGCAGCUAUCCGUGAAACUGCUUUACAACGUGAAGCUAUUGAGAAAUCAUUAAAUGCAAUGGAAAGAGAAAACAAGGAACUUUAUAAAAAUUGUGCCCAAUUGCAAAAACAAAUCGCACAGUUGGAAUUUGAAAAUGGUAAUCGUAUUAUCGAAAUUAGUAAUAAGCAACGUGAAGAACAGGAUAAGCAGUUACAACGGAUAAGAAAUGAAAAGAUUCAAAUAGAACGAAUAAUUGAAAAUCGUGAACGUACGCAACAAAAUCGUAUCAAACAAUUGGAAAAUCAACUUAGCAUUAUGAGAGAACAACUGGACAAUGAAAGGAGACGUCGUCGUGAUUAUGUAGAUCGAAGUUUAGCCGGUGAUAUUGGAAGACUUGGUGGUGGUUAUCUAGGCCUAAGAAAUACUGGCAUUCAUAGUGCUGGUAUAUUACCACAUUUAGGAGAUGAUUAUACGACUGGAACGACAAGAUAUGUACGAUCAACAUUUGCUUCCAAUCCGCUUACACCACCUCUUGGAACAUCCACACCAACACAAUAUCAGGACAUGCAACGUGAAUCAUACACUUCAACAUCAACGUAUCAUCCAUCAAUGGUGGGAAGUACAACUUCAGAUAAAAUCAAGCUUGAAACUCUAGCACCUUCAAAGGAAAUUGAAGAAAAGCGAACAAAGACAGUUAUCGUAAUGAAAAGCAGCAGACUAGAAGAUAAUGUUGCAAAUAAAGUCGAUUAA